CCCCCCCCCCCCCCCCCGUACCCCUACCACUCACGCUUUCGACGACGAGUUCACUGCGUCGCCACCAACUCGGACCGCUGCCAUGGCCGCAUCGGCCUACCCAAGGCGGCCGGGCACGAGGAGGAAGACCCCGCCGUCACCAUCUACCGAGUGGGCUUUGACCGGCGGCAGUGAGGGAGCAAGACGAAGGAAGGAGCUCGGAGAGUGGCGGCUAGGGUUCGCCAACCAAGUCGCCUAACGAGUCUGAAUAUAUAAGCACACUUUUUAUGUCAAUAAUUGUAAGUUUCAAAGGCAACUAAGCAUUUUUAUCGAUCUUUUUUUUGCGGCAAACGCAUUUCUGUCCAUCGGGUCAAUGGGGGUGAUUAUUGGUGAGCCAAAAUUGUCGACGGAAGCAACGGGGAUGUUGCAGUGGAUUCAUACCAUCUUUACAAGGAAGAUGUGCGCCUCAUGAAAGAUAUGGGAAUGGAUGCAUACAGGUUCUCCAUAUCAUGGACAAGGAUUCUUCCAGAUGGGACUCUGAGAGGUGGAGUGAACAGAGAAGGCGUCGAGUACUACAACAACUUGAUUAAUGAGCUAUUAUCCAGAGGGGUGCAACCAUUUGUGACCCUUUUUCACUGGGAUUCACCUCAGGCAUUAGAAGAUAAAUACGGAGGGUUUCUUAACCCUAAUAUCAUAAACGACUAUAAGGAUUACGCUGAAGUCUGCUUCAGGGAGUUCGGGGACCGAGUGAAGCACUGGAUCACAUUCAAUGAGCCCUGGGCCGUGAGCGUUGCGGGCUAUGCAAUGGGCGUGCUUGCGCCAGGUAGGUGCUCGCCCUGGGAGAUGGGGAAAUGCAGCGCUGGAGAUUCAGCAAGUGAGCCUUACACAGUAUCCCACCAUCAGCUACUCGCCCAUGCGGCGGCCGUCAAAUUAUACAGAAAGAAAUAUAAGGUCGUUCAAAAGGGGAAGAUUGGGAUAACUUUAGUCUCAGCCUGGUUUGUUCCCUUCUCCCAUUCAGACUCUGACAGUGAUGCAGCAAAGCGUGCUAUAGACUUCAUGUUUGGAUGGUUUAUGGACCCCCUAACCAGAGGAGACUACCCACUGAGCAUGAGAAGAAUGGUCAGAGAUCGCUUGCCGCGGUUCACCAAACAACAAUCUAAAUUGGUCAAGGGUGCAUUCGACUUCAUUGGUAUCAACUACUACACUGCAAACUAUGCUGAUAACCUUCCACCAUCAAAUGGCCUCAAGAGCUACAAUACAGAUGCCCGAGCUAAUCUUACCGGUUUUCGAAAUGGUGCCCCCAUAGGUCCUGAGACUGGUUUACCUUGGCUCUACGUCUACCCUCAAGGGUUACGUGAUCUGUUGCUUUAUGUCAAGGAGAAGUAUGGCAAUCCUACCAUCUACAUCACCGAAAAUGGCCUCGGUGAAACCACCACCAACACGAGCCUACCACUCGCGGAAGCACUGAAGGACGAUGCGAGGAUAGAGUACCACCACAUGCACCUUGUUGCCUUGUUGAGUGCGAUCAGGGACGGGGCAAACGUGAAGGGGUACUUCGCAUGGUCGCUGCUGGACAACUUCGAGUGGGCAACUGGGUACACGGUGCGCUUCGGGUUACACUUCGUGGACUAUGAUGAUGGGCGGAAGCGGUACCCCAAGCGCUCUGCUGGCUGGUUCAAGAGGUUCCUCAAGAGAUGAGCUCGUAAAAUUACUUAGUACUCCUGAAGCUAAAGCAGCGACAAAUAAUAUGGAUCAGAGGGAGUAGCAACCAGCAAGAAGAAUGUAGAUGAUUGCGUAGGUUUAUCUGUGUUUUGUUCUGUAAACUGUACCCCAAUGGUUCCUUCACUAUCAGUUUUUUUUGAGAGAGAAACGUUCUGUAUCAGCUGUUUUUAUGUUGUUGUUUUUUAUAAAAAAAAGGCUUUCGCCCCGCUU